ACCCCUCCAUCCACCCCUCCCCAUAUAGAACUAAUUCCAAGAACACAAUCUCUAGGUAUAGGGGUAAAACCUUCCAUCUGGCAAUGCUGCUAGCCAUGCACGUGGGGCACGAUGGGGCGGGUGGGAGGAGAGGAGCUCUAAAGCUGCUCUCUCCUCUCUCUCGUCGUGACAAGGGACGGGUUCAGCGAUGAGCUUCAGUCCCUGUCACGUGCUCGUCAGCUCCACGUGAAGGCCAGAGAGGCUCGCUUUGCAACGCUGCAAUGGAACGAUCACUUUCAGUUGUAACAACAGUUUUAUGGAUCACGUUGCUCGGAAGUCUAUGACGCAGACACCAUGAUGGCUAUGUCAUAGAAUAACUGUAAUGAUAUAUUCUUGUAUUGUAUUAUUAUGACUGUCUGUAUUAACCACGCUCAUAACCUAAGUGUGUCCUUUAUGUAUACUUAUUUAAAUGGUGCGUCUCCAUGGAGAUGCGGUGAUGACCGUGGGUAACCAUGCGGAUAAUCAUUGAUGGUCUAUCUCCAUGGAGACGAAUUACUCGUGUGUUUCUGUAGAUAGGCUACUCCGUGUGUCUCCAUAGAGACACAUCACUGAAUAUGCUGCUAUGGGGACAAAACAAAUGUGUCUCCAUGGAGAUACGUUGCUGAGUAUGUUUCUAUGGAGACAAGUACCUGUUUGUCUCCAUGGAGACACAUUAUUGAGCAUUUUUCUAUGGAGAUAGGUGGAUGUGUCUCCAUAGAGACACAUUACUGAGUAUGUUUCUAUGGAGACAAGUAACUGUUUGUCUCCAUGGAGACACAUUACUGAGUAUGUUUCUAUGGAGACAGGCUACUCUGUAUCCGUGGUGAUGCAGCACUGACCUGUGCGUGUUUGUUUUGUGCACGUGGUUGCAGGUACUGGGUGGACACACGCUCAUCCGCAAGCCCACGUGCCUCUCCCCGGCCAGAAAAUCCGCGCGAACGCACAACACUAACAGAACAGUCAUCGUCGUCAUCAUCCUCAGCCGCCUCCUCCUCACCCUGAGCCUCCUCGUCAUCAUUAGCCACCUGGGUCCUCCCCAUUCUCAUCCUUCCUGCCUGCAUCACCUUAAGUCUUUAUCCUGCUCCUGAUUCUACAUUCAUAUCUUAGGUCUUCUCAUACUCCUGUUCUUUUGCCCUCCUAAUAUUUAUCCCACUUUUAUUUCGACUGUCCUCCUCGUAUUUGACCUACUUCCUCCACGCCCUCCUUGCCCAAUAUUAUACACCCGUGACGAUGGCCAUACCUCGGCUCUGAAUGGAACGGGCAAGUGGCCCGAGUGUGACUGCGACCCCGUUAGGACUUCGUGUGACCCCGUGACGCUCACGCCAAGUCACCACGUGCAGCUUGGAUUUCUGAUCGCUGCGGCCCAACAAAACAUCGAUCGACGAAAGCCCCCCGGGCGACGGCACCCUCCACUUGUCUCUCAUUGGACUUGAAGGCAGUGUGCCCGGCAGGCGUUAUGAUCGAUCAUUAAUCGCAGCCAAGAUCAUCACCACCAUCAUCCUCCAUUCUCUGGUGUCAGACUCGUUUUCAUCGUCAGUGUACAUUGGCUUAUAUAGCCUUGUUCAAAGAAACGUCGACAACAUUUACAUCUGCUAUUUCACUAUUAGUGCUGGCCAAUUGGGGUCAUAGCCUUUCAGGCCUGUACUCGGCAAACCUUUGAAAAGUGUCCCGAGUGCUUUAAAACCCCAGUUUGGCCAUCUCAAUCCAAGGUCUCCAGAAACUCGUGGAUGGUGUCUUACUCUCAACCAUCAUAACGUUUCUUCCCAGACGUAGAACGACCAGAUCUUCCAGAUUCUUCCAAACGUCUUCUCUACCAAGCCAUCUCUUCUAUUAAAUUGAAACAUGUUUUUCCUAUAGUUCAUAAACUAACUUAACGUCAGUAUAAAUUUGAGGCCUGCGGCAGGCCUUAGCUGGACUGCACACGGCCAACAGCGUCUGUACGAGGGCUGAAUUGACGCCCAAUAAAAUAAUUUUGACUCAGCCCUGAAGGGAAACUAAAAGGGUUACAGCUUACUCAGACUUCUGAGGAUACAAGUAGGCGGGACACAGCGUGGAUGCGCCUGACUCAAUAGUGUUCACAGCAAAUUAUACGUGAGAACAUUUAAAAGCGUUGGAUACAACUAGGCACUUUUAUUUCUUGAUUAUAAUUUCAUUCGUGAAUUCAAAAAUAAUCUGCAAACACUCAAUUCAUUGUCAAGAAUAAAGUGUGAUGUUUGUUGGUUGGGCAUUGAAAUUGGAAAUCUUCAAAUAAAGUUAAUUCCAAGUUUAAUGACUUGAUUGUGAAUCACACACAGUUCCAGAAAAUCCAUACAAUUGUCUAUCCAUAUCCGAACCCAACAGAAUCAAACGGAAUCCAAACAGAAUCUGCUCCCUCAACCACCACUUAAGAAUCCAGGGACAGUGACUCACGAAUAUUCUGGUUUCAAUAACAAACAAGACAGCUUCCAACACACGUGGAUUUCUUCAGACGAGAACAAUUUGUUCAAGGGCAAGCAGUCAAGUUUCACCCGUCAACCUUCGUGCGAACAAGACAUCUGCAUCGCCGGCGUUAUUUUGUCUUAAACACAAACCCGCAUCGUUCACCUCUGCAUGUUCACAACAAUGCCGGCCAUCGCAGAGAUAACCUCAGCCCUGCAGGCCCUCGCGGCCGCCACCAACGGAAUCCCGGCCAACGUAAUGACAUCUCUACCCAGCGAGCCACUGGGCGCACUCUUACAAAGCAUGCAGGGCAACCACCAUCAACAUCCAGUGAGCCACCACCACCACCACCACCACCAGAGCGCCGGUCUCCACCACAGCGCCGGCCUCCAGCAGCAGAGCGGCCACCUCGCCGACGUGAUGUCCCUGAGCGAGCACAUGGGCCGCGGCGGAGCGGAGGGGGGCGGCGGCGGCGUCGUUGGCGGCGCUGGCGCCGGAAUGGGCAUCUUGGGAGCAGCCGGAGGAGGGGGCCUGCUCCACAUGAAGGGCGUCAUGCGGCGCCGGCAGCUCUACUGCCGCACGGGAUUCCACGUCACCCUGCUGCCCAACGGCACGGUGCACGGCACGCGCCGGGACCACAGCCGAUUCGGGAUCCUCGAGUUCAUCAGCGUGGCCGUGGGGCUGGUGAACAUCCGCGGGGCGCACACGGGCAUGUACCUCGCCAUGAACCAGCGCGGAGAGCUGUAUGCAACAGCCGCAAUGUCGUCGGACACCAUCUUCCGCGAGCAGUUCGAGGAGAACUGGUACAACACGUACGCCAGCGCAGCCCACCGCCACGCGCUCUCCUCCCGCCGCCUGUACGUGGCGCUCAACCGCGACGGCUCACCCCGGGACGGCACGCGGACUCGCCGGCACCAUAAGAACGCGCACUUCUUGCCGCGUCCUGUCAACGACGGCGGGCCGGGCGGCCGGCUGGGGGAGAGCGAAGCCUCGGAGCGCGAGCAGGCGGCGCUCGUGCGGUCGCUCGGCAAGCAGCGCAGCUGAUGGCCCACAACGAACGUUUAGUAGCAUUGUCCGGGUCAAGGGUCGGCAACCGUCGCCCCCAGUUGUUGGCGAUUGACUUCAACACCUUAAAGUGCACACGUUCAUUUUCCAGAUUGUUGUUAUUAUUUGUGAGCCCAAAUCAUUAUUUAUUCAGUGUGUAUUCGGUUGAUCAGAAUUCAGUGUUGUUGUUUAAGUUAAGUGAACCUCGAAUUUAUGGUGGAAAGGAAAUAGUUGAUUUAAGGUGGCUGGGUGGCUCUUUGGCGCUUGUCAUCCUGAGGCAGGACUGAGAAUAAGCUGGGUGUGAACUGCGUCAACUCCUGUUGCCAAAUCUGGGCCUUCCUUCUGUUCAGUGCAAGUUCGAUCCGUUCAGCAGCAAAGUCGCCGACGAAGCACAAAAUGAAACCACCUCACCGCUGGUUUUGCACUUCAUUCGGUGGAGCCCAGGCCGGAGGCUGAGCCAGAAGGGUGCAUUGUGUGAACAAUUAAUUCACCUUCACGACUAAGUAAAAAUGUCGAGUAGUUAGAGCACUUUCUGCGAGAUAGACUUCUUAAAAACGUCAGAGGAAGCCUGUGAUGUCACUUCUCAGUUGUUGCAAGAUGAUGCGUCUCAUCGGUGUGAAGAAGUGCAUACGCAUUUCGAAUAUUCACAUUGGGGAGGUGGGGGGGUGGAAAGCGUAAAAACAUGAAAAAUAUGACACUAAUAUAUUUUUAAAAACCUGAAAAAAAUAUUCUUGGACCAAAAACAGUUCGAGAUGCUAACUGAUGGUACACGAUCAUUUCGAUCAUUUUAACAUGAGUCAAUUUAUCUGGCUGUGUCGACUGACCCUGGGAUCUGUUGGUUCCUAGUUCCUGUGGUUCUUUGCCUCGCAAGCUAUGUGCUGUCUCGCAAAUCACACGAUCACACCGGUCAAUCACAUCAAUAGACAUCACACAUUUGGUGCCGGGCGACAUAUGCCACAAUAAGACAUCGAUACCGGCAUCUACCCAGUAAACAUGCAACAUUGCGCCAUCAUUGGCAUGUGGUUUGAACCGGUGGACCGACGUUGGCCCAAUAUCGGCCCAACGUUCAAUAUCUACUGGGCAGUAUGUAUGUCCUGUAUUUGAACUUCUUUCGCACCGUACGUAGCCAACCAUACUCAUCGGAGGUGCGGGGAAAGGACAACAAAUUCAACACAAAGCAAUUCUAAAGAAAUUCGUUUUCAAUCUAGAUUUAACAGUGCAUAAG